GAGAGAGAGAGAGAUGGGAGGGUGGCCAUUUGCUAGAGGAACGCAGACCAUGAACUCCAUGUUUUUCAAGCCAAUGGUGCGGAAAACGUACCAUAAGAGGAGCUCUGCUUCUCCAGAUAUGAUACGUGAGACUACUGUGAAAUUAGAAGCUGAGGAAGUGAAGAACAAGAGCUCUGUCGGAGAAAGUGAUGGUAGUUAUGUGUGGGUUCCCCACGAAAGAACAGGAAUUUAUUAUCCCAAAGGACAAGAGAAAGUGAUGGAAGAUGUUCCUCCGGUGGCCACAAAGGACUUCGGGGUUAAUUGGUUCUCAUAUAACGAGGAUCUAUAGUUGUUUGAAUUAUGUUUGAUUGGUUCUCAGACGAAGAGGCCAGAUAGCAGAGUUAUUUUUCAAACACCUUUGUAUCUGUAACGUCUAAUUCAGCAAAGUAAAUGGCUAAAAAUCAAUGAUAAUGUUGAAG